CAUGCGAUUGUGGCUUUCGAUUUCGGAAGAGGAGGUUGCGAGAGAUUCGAUCGCGAUUAAUUCAAUUGCAUUGGACUUUGGUGGCUGGGUGUGGACGGAAACGAGACUGGAUACGAGAGUGGUAGUAGGCACAUCGACGAUGCUUUCGUAGUGCGUUGUUCUGCACAAUUGGAAGCCGACCGACAAAGACAUGAAUGUCAGUAGUUGCUAUGAGAUAGUCGUGACAAGUGUAAUAAUGGACAAGCAAAUGUUACUUCUACUAAUUGGAUUGUGUACACUUCGAUCGGUAUUAGGACAGUCCGAUUUACAGAUUAUAAUCGAUAAUAUUGAUUUAAAAAUAAAUGAGGAAUACAUUCAAAAUUGUAAAAUGGAUCCUUGCGAGACCAGCGAUAUGGUACCCACAUUAACUAUCGACUGUCAAUUUGUGAAGGAAAUACCUGAAGAAGCUGUAUUACACAUUGUCUUAUAUGGAAUGAGUAAUGGCGAGCCUACUGAUCCAACUGGUGUUGAUAUAGAAAUGAGUUCGUGCCAAAUGAUAAACGAUACUAUGAUUAUGGGUCCGAUUAUUAAGGCGAUGAAGAUGUCCUUAAAAUGUCCAAUACCACCGACAAAUGUAUUUCUAAAGUGUUUUUCUAUACCGAUGGACGAGUUUCCUGAUUAUUUUCCAUCUGGAGAAUACAAUUUCAAUCUUCUUCUCGAUUAUAAAGAUGUUAAUCUGUUUGCAAUAGAUCUGUAUUUGACUUUUUAUUGAUAUAACUUCUUAUUAUUUCUCACUACUAUAUAUUUCGUCCGAAUUUGUAUCAAUUGAUAGUAUUUUUUAAAAAAGUGAUUAGUAUAUGUGAAUAUUUUGAUCAAUAUAAACAAUUAAGUGUCAGGGUUAUGUCUGGAUUAUGCGUCACUUAUAUUACAUAUUGAUAUUUUGUUAUAAACAUUAACCAUUUAUUUAAAAAUAUUGAUCAAAUGUUUAAAAAUACUAACACAAUA